AUGAAUGCUAGUAUUAAAGGUUUUACCAAUCCUUUCUUAAGACAGACUCUCCUCUAUGACAAUAAUGGUACAUGGGAGGACACCUCCUUGGGACAUCCAUGCAACAAAAGCAUUGCCUGUCACUUUCAGCUACCAGUCUUCUCCAGUGCAGCUAAAGUUAGAGUUGGGAUUACCAUUCUUGUUUUCACUAUUUCUGCCAUGUGCAACCUUGCUGUGCUCUGGACGACCACUCAGAAUCGCAAGAGGAAAUCUCAUGUCAGAAUUUUGAUCCUGAACCUGGCUGCCGCUGACCUCCUGGUAACUUUCAUCGUGAUGCCUCUGGAUGCCACCUGGAAUAUCACAGUGCAGUGGCAGGCUGGGGAUAUUGCCUGUCGGCUGCUCAUGUUCCUAAAGCUGAUGGCUAUGUAUUCCUGCUCAUUUGUCACUGUGGUGAUUAGUGUAGACCGUCAGUCUGCUAUUCUAAAUCCUCUGGGCAUCAGUGAAGCCAAAAAGAAGAAUAAGAUUAUGUUGACAGUGGCUUGGUUAUUGAGUGUCAUCUUGUCCAUUCCACAGAUUGUCCUGUUUCACACUGUGAGUAUUACUGAGCCUCAGAACUUUACGCAGUGUUCCACAAUGGGAAGUUUCAAAGCACGCUGGCAGGAGACCUCAUACAACAUGUUCACUUUUGUUUUUCUCUUCCUCGUGCCACUGGUGAUAAUGAUAUUCUGCUACACGCGAAUCUUAAUGGAGAUAUCAAAGAGGAUGAACAAGGGAAAUAUGUCAUCAAAAGAAGUGCACUUAAGGCGGUCGACAAAUAAUAUACCAAAGGCACGCAUGAGAACUUUAAAAAUGAGCAUCAUUAUUGUAACCUCCUUCAUAGUUUGCUGGGCCCCAUAUUACCUCCUUGGACUUUGGUACUGGUUCUCACCAGAAAUGCUUUCUGAAGGAAAGGUCUCUCAGGCAUUGAGCCACAUACUCUUCAUUUUCGGCCUCUUCAACACAGUGUUGGAUCCUAUCACCUACGGACUUUUUACCAUGCAUUUCAGAAGGGGCUUACAACGCUGCUGCCAUUCUGCAAAGAUGGCAUCCAGUUCAGAUCUCAAUUCUACCCUGACCGGAUCAUUCAGAUGUUCUGCAUCAUCCUUUCGCCUCAAGAGAUUGAAUACACUUGCUCAAGAAGGUCAGAGAUCAAUCACGGAAAUUGAACCUCAUAGCAGAGGCAAUUACUGCAACAAUGGUUAUCUUAGUGUAUACGGGGAUGAUGCCAAGAAAAGCAACACAUGUGCUGAUGUCUGA